AUGGAGCCUGAGGUCAUUGAGCCAGACUACGAGGGCCCUUUUCAUCCGCUCCCGACCUGGCUCGGCGUGGUCCUUUCGGUGGUACUCGCGGCCAUGAUCCUCGGAACGUUGGUCUACUUCUACAGAUCGGAGUGCAGGCCAGCGCAAGUCGCUCCCGCACCAGACACCCAGCCGACGCGCUGGGCACCAUCGGGGAAGGAGGAGAAGAGCAGCUGGGCGCCACGUGCCGCGGGGCAGGAGGUGGCAGAGGUCCCACCAUCAGAGGAGCUUCCGGACAUGAAGGCUGAGGCUUCCUUCAAAGCUCGGGCGAAGGUCACCGCAGAUUCCGACACGCCGAAAGCUGCUCCUGUGGCUUCUUGGAUCUCUGGAGGAGAGCUGGCGAAGAGCCAACAGAUGGAUGACUGCAGCACUGCGAUGGCCGAAGCUGGAAAUGGCGCCCUCUUGACCAGAGACGGAUCCCGGGUCGCCGCAGAGGACGGAGGCUCCAGGGCCCUGGAAAGAGCCGGCUCCCUCCGCACCGGCGCGCGCGCGACGAACGCCCUGGCCGACCAGGCGCCUCAGCCGCCGGAGGAAGCCGAAGCCCUGGCCUUGGCCCGCCAGGAAGCGAAAGCAGAGGAGCGAGAGGCACGGCACGAGCGCGUGAAGACGAUCGUGCGGAGUAUCCGCGAAGACAUGAAGGCCGACCGCGCUGCCGAGCUCCCGCAAGACGAGCGGCUUCGCCGCCUGGAGCAGUGGCAGGAACUCUACGAGUCGCAGCAGGGGGACAAGGUGGCGAGUGCCGUCACUGCCUUCCUCGAGGAGGCGACGAACUGGUAUUUGAAAGGAGCGCCGGAAGGAUAG